CAUCUCCUUCGUGUUGUUUCCGACUCUAUGACAGCAGCAACUAGACGUCUGGCAACAAUAACAAUGACCGACACAACCCCCUUGUUUUUCUACGGAACGGGCAGAAAGUAUGGCGAAUUCAGCCAAUGGUACCACGCAAAGUUCACCGUUUCCAAGGGCGAAAUAUACUCGGUCGUCGGCUUGCCUACAAACAAGCUUGAGCGACCUGACGACCCAAUCCAUUUCAUGACCGCCGAGCAGUGCAUGAUGUAUUGCAAAGCCAUGCGCUUCGGUGACGUGGGAACUGCGGACAAGAUCCUCCUUACUCCGGACCCGAGGAAUCAGAAGGCCCUCGGAAGGCACGUAAAAGGAUUUACGGAGGCGGGAUGGGAUGCCGUCAAAUUCGAGGUGGUCCAGCUUGCGAACGUGGCUAAAUUUGGCCAGAACGAGGAGCUUCGGGCUAUUUUGCUAGGAACGGGAGAUAGAGAGCUGGUGGAGGCGGCGACGAAUGAUCGCAUCUGGGGCAUCGGGAUGGAUGAGAAGCAGGGACAUGCCACGAUGGAUACCCGCGAGAAUUGGGGUCAUAAUCUCCUUGGAAAGGCAUUGGUUGGAGCAAGGCUGUGCCAUCAGUGUGCAAAUAUUGAUAUUGAUGAGUUAUUGAGUAGGAACCUUGAUGGAGGCUAUAGCUCGUUCGUCAUGAAUCUGGGCCAGAUUUCGGCGUUGAAAACAUCUUCAUGUCGUUUAUGUCGCAGUUUUGCGAGCCUCGCUCCUUGCAGCCCAGCCGCCAAAUGGAAAUUUAACGCUUUAGCAUCAAGCCUAUGGACAGACGAUUAUUGUCAUUUGCGAAUUUUCAGUGGGUGUUGCAUCUUCACCGGGGCAUCUAGGCGAUUCCCGGACGGGAGGAUGCGCGAAACCAACGUUUUGGGUGUCGCCCCGUCAAAAUCUUCUCCUAGAACUGUCGAUUCUCCUGCUUUGCGCGCUAUGGGUGAUGCUUGCGAUCAAAUAGGCUUCCUCGGCCAAGAAACACCAACGGGCACGGGAAAUAUAUGUAGAAUCCGGAUGGUCAACCCUUGGGCAUUUGACUUCGCUCUAGCAAAGAUGUGGAUUUCCUACUGCCAAGACAAUCACAAGACGCGCUGUUUGGCGAGCACAUCCUCGGAACUCCAGUCUUUCCGUGUUUUUGAUUGCCAUAGUCGCCAAGUAGUCGAUGCGCCUCGAGGCUGCCGCUAUGUGGCUUUAUCAUAUGUAUGGGGAAAGACCAAUGGUCUCGCCUCAUCUGUGCCUCGAGCAUCACCGGGGGCCAAUGGUAGCCGUUUCGGGAAGGUUAUUGAAGACAGUAUAACGGUUACCCAAGCGAUUGGCUUACAAUAUCUCUGGAUCGACAGGAUUUGCAUUGACCAUUCCGAUCACGACGAUACACUUCACCAAAUCCGUCAGAUGGAUCUCAUUUACGCCAAUUCUGACAUAACGAUUAUUGCAGCCGCAUGCAAUACCCCCGAUGAUGGCCUACCGGGAAUCAAUGGAACACCGAGAACAAUCCAACAAACCCUGAGAAUCAAAAACAAAACACUCCUCUCCAGCUUACCAAGUGGAAGGUCCAGCAUAGAGCAGUCGAAAUGGAACACCCGAGGCUGGACCUUCCAAGAAGGUGUUCUAUCUACGAAGCGACUAAUUUUCACAAAGACCCAAGUAUUCUUUGACUGUAACGGGAUGCAUUGCAGCGAGGCAGUACAUCUGCCAUUGGACGACUUGCACGGGCGCAAUAAGCGCAAGUUCGACAUUACAUAUGAUCUGGGUCCUCUAGAGAGAAAAGCACCCCAAUCCGACCCGAUAGGUUAUAUGGACUUUGUUCAAAGCUUUUCCAUGAAAGAGCUUACAUACGCAUGUGAUGCCCUGAAUGCGUUUCAGGGGAUUCUCAAUGCCUUCAAGAGGGCCCGAACCCCCAUCUACUACUUUUGGGGCAUACCAGUUUUCAUGAGCGACUACAGCUUGAUGCGCACGACUGGCCGGAGAAGACCCAUGGGGUCAAUAUCGGCACGGUUUGUUCUGAGUCUCUUCUGGGGAGCAUUUCGAAAAUGGGAGACCGAGGAAAGUGCCUCGAAUCUUUCGUUGGGAAGAAGGGAGUUCCUCCCGAGUUGGUCGUGGGCCGGUUGGAAUGGAGGUAUAUCCAAAUCCUUUGCAUCCAUGGGCCAAGGUUGCUUUUCUGAUGUGAAGGUUUGGCUCAAGGGGAAGGACGGGAAAUUGAUUAACCUCAAUGACGUCAAUUUCUAUCCUAAGAUGAGUGCAAUGGAAGACGAAUACUCCAGCAUCUUUCAGUUGGAGGCAUGGACGAUGCCUGUCGACAUCAAGCGUCUGGAAGUGCAGCAAACAGAGUGCUCUGACCAGGCAGUAGGUCAUGAGGCGCAGUCUGCAUUCUCUGUAGCCUUUGGCAUGGGGUCUCAAGGAACUGUUUACUCAGAUCUCAUAGGCAAUGAUUGGUAUGGCACUGCUUCUCCCGCUACAUUCAUGGCACUUCUUCCAAGAGCAUAUACGGAAGACAAAAACAUUUGCGUGGAUGAGACGGCCAUGGUUAUGCGAAAGGUUGAUGGACACUACGAACGUGCAGGUCUCUUUAAGAUGAACCUCGACUGGAUAUGGGAUGAUAAAGGUAAAAAGAAGAUCAAUCCUUCGAGGAAAAGCUGGUCAGAAGUCAGCCAAGGCUUGAACAUUACAUUGAAGCGUUUUUGGCUUGGGUGA